GCCAAACAGCAACGGGUGCUCAUGUAAACAAACUGUGCGUUUGUGCGAAAUGGGAGAAUUUCGACGCGAUUUAAACGGUAUUUGUCGCUUAUGUUUGAGUGAGGAUGAAAAUAUUCUUUUUCCGGCUACUAAGUUCACCGAUUCUACAAUGACGGUCGACGAUAUAGAGCUAAUUACCGGAAUACGGGUUAUUACAAAGGAAAACAAACCCUAUGCUGUGUGCAUCGAUUGUAAGACCAAAUUGCGAAUGUUCCACGCGUACAGAUCGUUCUGUUUGAGGAAUGAUGUAAAGUUUAGAAAACGGUUUGCGGAGAAUGCUGCAGAAGCGACAGCCGAUUCUGUAAAUCCAGAAUUUGCCAAUGAUCGUCCUGGUAGUACAAGUCCCAGCGAAACUAUCGAGGAAUGUAAUAUGAUGGAUGCAGCGAAAGAAAAAACGAUAGAACUUGAAGAAAUUGAAGAUAGUUCAAUCGAUGAUGCUGAAAAAACAAUGUACUCUCAACGAAGCUAUGAGGACAUGCACGAGGAUUCAUAUGAUUCCAUAACGUAUGCUGAUAAUGAUACCCAUAUAGAACCCUCAAAUGGGAAUGAAUCUUCACUACAGGAAGCUCCGGAACAGCCAGACAAACAGGAAAGCCACAGUUUGAUAACUGCUGCCAACGUUGCUAUUGCUGAAAAUCCAAAUACCGAAGCGAAGCUUGGAAAGGAACUUUGUACGCUUUGUGGUAAAUUAGUAACGUCGGCAGAUAAGCACAUGUUGACACAUUCGACUGACCGAAUUUUAACUUGCGAGUUUUGUCAGAAGAAAUAUGGCAGCAAAGCAUACCUUAAGCAUCACGUGAUAGCUGUACACAUGAAAAGAAUCGUAAGGACUUGUGAACCAUGCAACAUAGGGUUCAGAUACGUUGACUCUUACUACGCUCAUAUGAGAGCAAAACACAACUACGGAGUGCCGUUUGAAUGUAAAAUAUGCAAUUUGAAAUUUCGCCAUCGAGGAGGACUGAGAAAUCACAAUAAUCAGAAGCAUAACUUUGCGAGCAACUGCGAAUGUCCAAUUUGCGGAAUGAUAUUUCAAGACAAGAAGGGUCUAAGGGAUCACAGCCGAGUACAUUCGGACGAGCAACCGUUUGCCUGCAAGUAUUGCCCAAAACGAUUCAAAGGUCCUACGGCUUGCAAGGCACAUCAAUUGAUUCACGAGGGUGUAAAGUUUCCUUGCACAAUAUGUGAUAAAAUUUACGCCUACAAAACGUUGCUGAAUGCACACAUGAGGAAAGCACAUAUAACGGAAGAUACAACUAAUCCGGAUAGCUCAUGAUUCCCUGGCUUUU